UAUGUGGCUUUGUAUGUGUCUGCAAUACUUGCUGUGAUAAUCACUGUGGGUGGCAAUCUGCUUGUUAUCACAUCGGUGUGUCACUUCAAACAGCUUCACACACCAACUAAUGUGCUCCUUUUUUUCCUGGCUGUGACAGAUUUCUUUGUGGGAAUCUUUGUAAUGCCAAUGCAAUUUAUCUGGCUGAUAGAAUCGUGCUGGUUUUUUGGAACAAGAGCUUGUGCUUUUUUCAACUUUGUGUCAUUCCACUUGACGUGUGCAUCUGUCCACAUUGUGGCUCUUAUUGCUGUUGAUAGGUGCAUGGCUCUGAGCAAUCCCUUUUACUACUCCAAGAAAAUCACUGUGAACCUCAUGAUUAUUGUGGCCUCCCUGGACUGGGUGUUCUCUAUGGCUUACAAUUUUGCUCUUCUGUACGACAACGGUUUCUUUACUCACGCACUGACACUCUGUCCACAUGAAUGUCUCAUUGCUGUUGAUGAAAUAUGGUCUUGGGUUGAUUUUGUAGUGGUAUUUGUAUUACCUUGCUCCAUCAUGUUUGUACUGUACCUGAUCAUCUUUGGCAUUGCCAGGAAACAUGCUACUGCCAUCAGGGCAGCUAACAGUCAGGGGAAUCCAAACAGCAAGAAUGACCAUGUGCCUAAACGAUCAGAGAGAAAAGCUGCAAAAGUGCUGGGAAUAUUAGUGUCUGUCUUUUUGUUAUGUGUUCUACCAUAUUACAUUGCUAGUGUUAUUCCUGGUAUAAACCCCCAACUCUUUGAGGCCGUAUUGAAUUACACAUCAGCACUACUCUACCUGAAUUCUUUGUUCAAUCCGAUUAUAUAUGCUUUGUUCUACCCGUGGUUUCAAAAGAGCAUGAAAUUGAUUUUAAGCUGCCGUAUAUGUAGCCCUGAGUCUUCUCUUAUGCAAGUGAAGUGA